AUGGGGAUUUUUCCCACAGGCCGCGCCAAUGGGCGGCCCACCUCGACCCCUCGGGUGGUUCAUCCCCGUCGCUCGCUCGCGAAGCGCAGCGCGCCGCCGCUUCGUUUCCCGUCCAGGUGCUGUCGUGACGCCGCCACUCCCCCGUCGCACCACCGCCACUUCACUUCCCCGUCCAGGCGCAGCCGUCCAGCACCCUCCGCUGCCCCCCUCCCAAACCCCACCCUCGGAGGUCUCGAUCUGCUGCAGCGCCUCCACCUCGACCGCCUCUACCUCGUCUUCCUCCUGGGCACAUAUCUUGUUGACUUCAAGGCCGUCAUCUCCAAGAUCCAGUCCUCGUUCAUCUCUCUGCUAGACAUUGUUAUUCUAGUGUUUAAUAGAGGGGCACAUGAGCAGCUCAUGACUAAAUCUGUGGGAGGAGGGGAGCAUUGGAAAUCCGGAUGGUUACCUUACCUGUUGAUGGAAGGACUGCAACAGCUGUACAGAAAUGAUAUUGUGAAAUACUACAGGGCACAACCAUUGGACUGGAGAUAUUGUGGAAUAUCUGUACUUGAACAGACCUUACUUGGACUGGAAUGGAAAUAUUGCCUGACUUGGAUUUAUGUCUUAUCUUUUGGAUGUAAAGAUGGAGAUUUAUUUUUGUGAAUGCUCAGAUUUUGCUAGAUUUUGGUACUUUUGUAUGAAUUAGGCUUGCCUGAUUCCAUAUUUGAGAUAUCUGUUUGUUGAAGAGAGACAUUUUUUUAGGCUUUCA